AAAAGAUUUUCAUUUGAACAGCAUCGAAAAUUCGGAUCGGUGCGGUAUUAUUUUGAAUCUAAGUCGGGUCUUAAAGUGAAUCAUUCAAAGUCGUUUGAUAGAAAUAGAAUUUUUUUGAGUGUCUAAUUCUGUGUCGCAAAAAACAUAAAGAAGUGUGAAAAUAAGAAACAACAGAGAUGAAGAAAAGCACAACAGCCGUUAUGGCAUUUCCAUUUGUUUAUUGGAUCAUCAUCCUACUCAGCGCAGGUAUCCUCGAUGCUCGAACAACAGGGAAUAUACGUGAACUUGCUGGAACUCCAAAUGGUCUAGUACCACGAACUAGUUUUACAUGUAGCGGCCGACCACCAGGAUACUAUGCAGAUGUAGAAACUGAUUGUCAAGUUUAUCAUUUAUGCGAACAAGGACGACAAUAUAGCUAUACAUGUCCAAAUGCCACACUUUUUCAACAGCGAAUGCUUGUUUGUGAUCAUUGGUACAUGGUUAACUGCUCAAAAUCGGAAGAAAAUUAUAGAUUUAAUGAUUUGAUUGGACAGAGGGAUCAACCUUUCGUAUCAGACAUUGAUGUACAGAACAGAACACCACGAUCAGACAUUCUUGAUCGACCAUAUGCACCCGAUUAUAAAGGAGAAAGUUUCAGGAAGCAAAUAGUACAGAGCAAUUUCCCAUCGUUGCAAAAUGCAAUUAGUGGAAUUGACUUAUCUAAGAAUAUAAAUAGAAAGUACGAGAUUCUUGAGACUCAAGCAUCAAGUAACAUCCUCCCACCACAAAUCGACUCGAACUCGUUGGACCCAACAUUAUUGCCAGCAUCUGAAGAAUUUCCACAAUUUGAUAAGUUCAAUGACAGACGAAAUGCAUUCUCAGGAGAAUCUGAAGAAUCAAAUGGAAAGGGACUUUUACCACCUCCAACAGGAUUUGAACCUCCACGAGUCUUACCUAAUAGCAAUGAUCAGUUCCGUGCAACUGAAGAACGACGAUUAAGAGAUCUUGGACUUCCAUUAGCAACACCAACGAGACCAACAAGAACGAAAGCUUCACAACCAACAGCACAAAAUGUCAAACAAGGCACAAAAAAGCCAGGUUCACAGACAUUUAAUCCAGACAAAAAUUAUGCAGCAUUUGAACAUUUCUUCCCAUCUGGAAAAGCUACUCAUGAUGAUUAUGACUUUUCAAAAUAUUUCCCAAGAAGAGAAGGUGUUCAAACCACAAGAAAAGCAGCAACAUCCAAUUUCAAUGCUCGAUUCAAUAAUGAUAAUAAUAAGAAAUCUCCAGUUGGACCUCCAGCUACACAAAGACCAACACAAUUCAAUAGCGGAGUCAAUAGAAAUGUUCAAAGACCAGUAGCAACAACAGCAAGACCAGUGGUUAGACAACAGCCAAUUGUUGUAGCAACAAAAGCACCAGUGACAUUUAAAGCAGUAGCAACAACGAAAGCAACGCCGAGAGUUAAUAAGCCAGUCACACCCGCUAGCAUAAAAGUAGCUGCUCCAGUUAAAGUUACAACACAAGCAACAUUUGCUGCUCAAAGACAACAGCAAGUAACAAAAACACCAACAUCAUUCCAAAAUCAAGUCACACAGGCAGCACCAAGAACUCAACAGAAGCAACAAGGUAGAAUUUCAGUGCCAUCACAAGAUUUAGAAUUGCCAUUCGAUAUUGUUAAAGUUUAUGAUGAUGCCACUACUCGUGGACCUCCAGUCUACUACGACUUGAAAGAGAAAAUCUCAGAAUGGAGAGUGCCUGACAAUGGACUUAUUCCACCAAAGUUUGAUAAUGAGACAGACAGUUCACCAAAGAGAUCACUUUUAGAGGAAGGCAAUCAUGGUCAAAAUAGUGACAUUCAAAGUAGUGAAACAAGAAGAUUUGGCAAUUCCAAGACAGUCAAAAUUCAAUACAAAGAUCUUCAAAAAUAUUUCGCAAUUCCCGAAAUUGAAUUUCCAAUUGAAGAUUAUGGACGUGAUGGAUAUGACAAGGAUGAUGCUGUAAAUAGCUUCCAAGUUAAGAUACCAUAUCGAGAAGGUAAUAAUAAGGUGUCAGCUGGUGAAAGAUAUUACUAUCUUGAACAUAGUCAUUGUAAUCCUGAGUGUCAUCCUUACUUCUUCAAACCUGGUCGAUGUGAGCCUUGCAUAAAACUGUAAAUUUUUAAUCUUUAGACUUUUAGGAUAUUUUUGGUCCAAGUGACAUGAAAGUCAUGUGAUUUGAUUGAGAUUAAAGCUUGUCAUAUCACUUUCAUGUCUUUUCGGCCUUCUUUUUAUCUUGUAAGAAUUAGAAAUUCCCAACUUUAAGCUACUUAAAAGAAGAAUAAAAUCUUGAUGGAACUUUGCGAUAAUUCUUUUUGCUGCUAUUAAUUACGUUAAUGCAUAUUAAUUUUACGUCUGUAGAUUUAUGCGAAUCUUCUUUUCUCUAUACAAAAAAAAAAAAGAAACAAUUUGUGUAUAGAUCGUAACUUUUUAAGCUUAUCAUAGAUAUUAAGAUGUUUUUGAAUACAAUAUGUGUCUGGUCAAGGUGGAUAUAAUGUGGAAACUGUAUUUAGGAGUUUGAGAAUUUUUUUUUGCGAGUUGUCAUAGCUCGAAGUUGAUUUGGUUCUAAUCGAGUCGACUUUAAACUGGACUUACUAGGUACGAACAUGAAAUUGAUGUUAAACCAAAACCAGAAAAUAAUUCUUGAAUCUUAAAAAACAGUUUCCAAAUUUUCAAAUUUUCUUGUCAAAUAUAGACAUCUUGAAUCCAGUCUAUCCAUAAAAUUGAAAUUAAGCAUUUGAGAUGAAUCUAACUAUAAAUUAAAAAUAAAAUCGAAUUAAAUACGUUUAUUACUUUACUGAAAAAAAUUGUUAAAGAAAAUUGAUUUUUAAGGACGAAUAAAAAUUUAACAG